AUGUCUCUUCCAAGCACGUACAAGGCCGUCGUCAUCCGCCAGGCCAAGGGCCCCUUCACCAUUGAAGACGUUCAGCUGGAGCACCCUGCUGCUGGCCAAGUUCUUGUGAAAGUCCUCGCCUGCGGUGUCUGCUUCUCCGACGUUGGCAUCGCCCACGGCGAAUUCGGCGACGUCUUCCCCCGCACACCCGGCCACGAGAUUGUCGGUGAUGUCGUCGAGGUCGGCGACCACGUCAACGGCAUCACAGUCGGUCAGCGCGUCGGCGGGCCAUGGCACGGUGGCCACGAUGGCAGCUGCAAGCAGUGCCAACGAGGCCGCUUCCAGAUUUGCGAAAACGCCCUCGUGAACGGCUACACUAAGGACGGUGGCUUUGCCGAGUACGUUCUGCUUCGCGCCGAGGCCGUCGUCAAGGUGCCCAAGGAGAUGGACCCUGCCGAGGUUGCUCCUCUGCUUUGCGCUGGCGUCACUGUCUUCAACGGCAUUCGCAAAAUGAACGUCCAGCAUGGCGGCCUUGUUGCUGUUCAGGGUGUUGGUGGCCUCGGCCACUUGGCCAUCCAGUACGCAUCCAAGAUGGGCUAUGAAGUCGUUGCCAUGUCUUCUGGUGACGACAAGGCCGACUUUGCCAAGCAGCUUGGUGCCCACCACUAUAUCAACACCAAGGCUGGCGAUGCUGCGGAAGCUCUUCAAAAGCUUGGUGGCGCGGACAUUAUUGUCCAGACCGCUCCAAACCCGGCUGUUGUUGGCCCUCUUAUCAACGGCCUUGGUCCUUGCGGUAAACUUCUCUGCUUGGCCCCUGUUGGCCCUAUUGAAGUCAACACUGUCCCCAUGAUCUUGAAGGGUCUUGGUGUUGAGGGCUGGCCAUCUGGUCAUGCUAUUGAUAGCGAAGACGCUAUCCGUUUCGCCAACAAUCACGGUGUCAAGUGCAUGAUUGAAAAGUACCCCUUUGCCGACGUUCAGGGCGCUGUUGACAGCUUACUUGCUGGUAAGCCUCGAUUCCGCAACGUCUUGGUUUUCGAAUAA